GGGGGCGGCCGAGAGGAGCGCAGCGCGAGUCGUCAAGGCAACGGCCGCGGCCCUGUGGCGACACAAGGGAGGCAGCGGGGGGGGGCUUCUUCUCUGACGCCCAGCAUGGGUUGUUGUUGGUGGUCCUCAGACCUUCGUGGACUACAGCCCCCAGAAUCCCCCAUCCCCGCCGAGCUUGGAGUCCCUUAACACCUGGAGGGUGGAUGGGAGGGGGGGCACUCGGGAAUCCCCGCGGGGCGCGUUAAUGCCUCCCCCCCCAUCCGCCCCAUUUCGCUGAGGGGAAGGGGCUGCCGUCGUGUCCGCGUUCCUGGAAGAAGGACGACGGGCCUCUUUUGAGUUCAGGGCGGUUUUACUGUUGAGGAAGUGGCUGUGGAGUUUGCAGCGCCUGGACGUGACAUGUUGACUUAGACUGCGUGGCAUGGAGAGGACGGGGGAGAAAGUGCUAGUUCCUGCCACGUGACGGCUGUGAGGCGAUGCUGUUGCCUUCGGAAAAAUGUGCACGAAGGUGUUCGUGGCAUGUCAGUCUAUGCUUAUAGUACUGGUGGGAGCUACACCUGAAUAUCAUCUUGACAAAGAAGGGAUUUCAGCAAGUACAGAAGCUCUGGCAAAACAUGUCAGGUUUGCCAGUAAUUUCACAUCCAUAGCAACAGAGUGGUAUUUAAUCAGACAUGAAGCAUAUAAAGUGAGCUUGGCAUCAUCCCUGUACUUUGGUGGAUUACUUCUUGGAAAUAUAAUGUUUGGUCCCUUAUCAGAUAAAUUGGGCAGGAAGCCUGUGUAUCUAACAGGUCUUCUGUUUGAUGUCAUUUUUGGGUAUGUCUCAGCAUUUGCUCCAAACUAUGAAAUUUUUGCCAUGUCACGGUUUUUUGUUGGAAUUAUGAAUGGUGGCAUGUCUCUGGUAUCUUUUGUUUUGACACAAGAAUAUGUAGGGAAGUCCUUCUGGGCACUGACAGGCUCAUUGACAAAUCUGACUUUUGCAGUUGGCAUAGCAGUUUAUGCAUUAUUGGGUUAUUACAUAAGGGAGUGGCGUUUCCUUGCCUUCGUAUCAAAUUCUCCUGGAUUGUUCUUUUUCCUUCUCUCUUUUAUGCUUCCAGAAUCACCAAGAUGGUUAUACUCUCAAGGCAAAACUGCAGAAGCAGAGUGUGUACUACAAUACAUAGCCGUUGGUAACAAGAAAGAGAGACUGGCUGUGAAACUGAAGCAGUGCAGAGCAGCAGUGAAAAAGGAUGAUUCAGCACCUGGUGUCUUAAACCUAGUGAAACAUCCAAUUCUUCGCUGGCGCACUGUCAUCUUGAUGUAUAUCUGGUAUGUGUGCAGCCUUGUAUACUAUGGCCUAACGUUGAAUGCUGGUGAAUUAGGAGGAAAUCUAUACCUGAAUGUGGCACUUUCUGGCCUUGUUGAGGUUCCUGCAUUCCCUCUGUGCAUGUUCUUCAUUGAGAAAUCUUGGUCAGGAAGAUGUAAAAGUACAGCUGCAUUUUUAAUAUUUGCAGGCGUUGCCUGUGUAUUUACUAUGUGCUUACCAGAAAAUGUUGGUGGCUUUUUCUUCAGUCCCAGGGUCCUGGCUUUAUAUGGGAAAUUGACUGUAAGUGCUGCUUUCAACAUCAUUUAUAUUUACACUUCAGAACUCUACCCAACAGUAGUGAGGAAUGCUGGCUUGGGUGUGUGUUCAAUGACUUGUAGAUUCGGCGGUAUUCUGGCUCCAUUUGUUCCUUCUCUGAAAACCCUUGGUCCAUCUGUACCAUUUGUGGUCUUUGGAAUUAGUGGAUUAUCGGCUGGUUUCCUGACUCUUCUGCUUCCAGAAACUCUAAACAAACCUAUUGCAGAGACCAUAGAAGAUCUGCAGAUGCCUACCUAUCAAACACUUAAAAGCAAAAAGGUAAAUCAGUUAGAUGAAAACAGGUAACGUUGCAAGAAACAUUUGAUUGGAAAAGACAACAGCGGUUGUAUGAUGCUGUCGAGUAUCACCUGACAACAUGCAAAUAGAUCUUGGAAUUCCCAGUACACCCAGUGCUUUAUGUCGACAUAAAUUGCGAAGACUGUUGGUUGUGAAGGGGACUGUUAUAAAAACUAUAUAUGAGAAAUCGACAAAUUACAAAUGUUAAACUGCCACAUUCCACUUUAGGAUGUUCAGAAUUACCCACUUGUUUCAUUUUCAAUAAGAAAAGGACCGGUCUAAUACAGCUGAGAGGAACUUUUAUUAAACUUACCCUCUCCAAUUCUGCAGGGCAGGUUUAGAAAGAAUGAUGGGUGUUGGAUCCAACGUACCUGGAAGUCACGAGGUUGUGGAAGGCUGGCUUUCUUUAUAAACUAUUUGUUUAGGUGUUAAAAAAUUGAGGAUUUUGACUGCAACAUUUAACAUAUGGAUUUAAUCAGUGAUCUGUAUUUAGGCUUAUAUAAAUGGCCUCAGGAUGUCCCUUGAAAUUAAUACCAUCCUACUUCCUUGAAGCAUCUUCAGACUGGGAGACAACAGACAAGCCUGAAUUAUACAGGCAUGCUUCAGUUCUUUUUCCCGCCUUCUCUGCAUAUUGUCAAUAUUUUUAUAUUAAUGGUUUGAGGUGAAUGUUCCAAAAUAUUUAUAAUGACCAAAGAAGCCUUUUCAGGUAUUGUUUCUGAGGACUGCUGCAAUAUAUCAUAUCUGAAGAAAGAACUGAAUAAUAUGCAGCAGCUGUAAGGAAAAAGUGAGUGCUGAAGUAGCAGUUGUGUAUUUUAGGUGAAACAGGUAUCAUUGCCUUUAUGUAUGAUGGCAAGAAAAUAUGGGAUUAUGGGAUAGAUCCAAAGAAGCCCUUUCACAUACAAAAAGUAUCUUCUGCUCAGGGAAGGUCUAUUUUCCAGGAGAGAGCUUUAGCAUAAGAUGUUUAUGUGAAAAUAAAUCCAAAAA